CCUCUCCCUCUCUUUCUCUCUCUAGCUCAGACUGACAGAGUCAGCAAAAGCACAGUGACAGUGUGAACGUUGCAGAUUUGUCUCUGUCCUCUCUCACCUCUGAAUGCUCGCCUCCUCCGCCUCCGGCGGAACGAAAACGCAGCCUUUCCCACGCAAGCGGAUCCCAACAACGGCCGUUUGAACCGAAACCGCUACAGCGGCGGCGCUCGCGGCUUUUUUCUUCUGGCGAACCUGCUGAAGAUAUGGGAAGUACCUCAAAAGUGCAAGACAAUGUUGUGCAGCGCCAAACUAGUCGAAGAACAAGACAUGUAGAGAAGGCGAAGGUGAGAACUGGUGUUGGUUUGCAGCAGAAUGAUGUGCAUUGUAAAGCAAGAAAAGAUGCAGGUGAUGGUGCUGUGGACCAAGAAAAGUCUUCGGGAAGUCAAAAUGGGAAGGGGAAUGAUGCAGCUAAAGUUGAUGAGCUGGUCAAGCACAUGUCAAACUUGCCCGGUUAUCUUCAACGCCCUGCGAGAGGAGAAAAAAACCAAGAGAAGGUUUUGAAUGUUGGGGUUUUGGAUUGGGGUCGACUAGAGAAAUGGAAGCACAAGCAGAAGCCUUUUCCUGAAAAAGUUAGCGGCAGGUCAUCCUUGGAAAGGGCUAUUGGAUCAUCUACAUCAUUUGUUGUCGUUCGCAAUGGGACAAAUGCUGAGCAACCCUCUUCGCGUUCUAGUGUCAAGUCGUCUCAAAAGAAUGGCCUUUCACAGGGUGUCAAACCAUCUGUCCGUAAAGAUAUGCGCUUCCAGGACUCCAAAACUGCUUCAAAGAAUGCCAUUCAUGGGCAGAAAAAGAUAUCCUUUCCCAGGUCUCUUGGAAGAAAUCACUCAGAUAUGAUGCUUGAUAAGGGAAAGGGAAAAUAUUCAGAUAAGAAGUUCCCUUCAGAAAUGGGGAAUGCAGCGGCAAACUUGAAAAAGUAUGGAGUGUCAUUUGGUCCAAAGGACAAGGUUGGCACAGGGGAUGGUCGAGCUAUGGAAACAGAAUCAGAUAUCAAGAAGAAAAAUAAUGAUCAAAGAAUCACUACGGAAAAGGGAGCUCCAUCGCCUAAAUUCAGAAGUUAUGAUGCCUCGCUGAGUUCAAAGGGAAAGACAAUUGCUUGUAAUGAUAAAACUGAGAAUAGGGUGGAAGAAUUGCACAAAUCAAACAUCAGCACAGCUCAUCAACACUGCCCUGCUGCGGAGAAUACCGUUGUUCUUUCUCCAUCAAAGGAACUGCCCCAAAAUGACUUUCCAGAGGUCCUCCAGCUUUCACAACCAAGAGCAUCAGGGGAUGAGUGUAUGACAGAACCUGAUAAGAUCAGCUUCUCGGGAGACUUUUCUACCAAGGAGAUGGACUUUGCAGAACUCUGUUCAGAAGUUCCUUCUGAAGUUCCACACUCAUGCCCCUUGCCUUCUGUAGUUGACACUAAUACAGGAUCAAACAUGGUACCGAAUAGCUCAAUCAACGGUAAGAGUGCAGGGCUUAACUUUGUCCCAGCUCACAUGCGCCAAUGCUCAAACGAAACACAAGACCUCCUAUAUGAAGAUAAAUUUGUACAGAAGAACAGUUCAGAGAAAAUGCUUACUCGUUCAAGUUUUGAUACUUCAAAAACAUUGGAUCAAGAAGAUGUUGAGCUAGCAACUAGAAAAGGCAGAAGCCCAACCCCCCAUCGCCGGUUUAACUUCAGCUUAGAACGGCUUGGUAGAAGUUUAAGUUUUAAGGAAAGUUCAGAUAUUCCGCAGUUAAGUUCCACAUAUAUGACAGUCAAAUCAGGUCCUGUGAGAUCCGGAACUUCUGACUGUCCAGAUAAUCCAAACAGAGAGAAAGCAAGUACUCAUAACCGAGCUAGGUCAAGCCCGUUAAGAAGGUUACUAGACCCAAUAUUAAAGCACAAGGAGGCAAAUCUACACCAUUCUGCUGAAGCUGUUAGACCCCCGAAAUCACUUUUUAAUUCCUUCGUCCCCAAGCCAAUUAAUAUCAGCGAGUCAUUACAGAAUCUGAAGGCUGAGGCAUCAUGGGUUAAAGCAUCUUUGCAAAUAACAAUCAAGAAUGGACUUCCUUUGUUUAAGUUUUGGGUUGACAACAUCAACUGUUUUGCGGCAACCAUGAAGAAUUUAUCAUCUGGGAAGGAUGACUUCUGCCAGUAUUUUACAUUUUACUGUAUUAAUGAAGCCAAGAAAAAAAUUGGUGGCUGGAUGAGUCAAGGAAGUAAAGGCAAAAGUUGUCGCUAUGCCUACAAUGUUGUUGCUCAAAUGAAAGUUUCUAGCUCCGACUUAUCUGAUGUUAACAGGCAGGACUUAAGCAAGUGUGUGGUAAGAGAGGCUGUUAUGUUAGGUGUUGAUCUAACACAAGCAGAUCUAGAAUCACCAAGCGUCGUACCACAUGUGGAGCUUGCUGCUGCUGUUGUCAAGUUACCUAGGAAAGACUUGAGCCAUUCUGAACAGCAGUGUGACGAGGAAGUUAUGGAGAAGAAGGGCUGCGCCAAAGAUUCAUCCGAGGAUAUCUGCUCUUACAGCUGGGAAGAUAGUACUAUAGUCAUACUUCCAGGUGGAGUCCAUAGCUCACCGAACAAAGGAGCACCUUCACCAUUACUUGACCGUUGGAAAUCUGGUGGGUUAUGUGAUUGUGGAGGCUGGGAUGUUGGUUGUAAGCUGCAUGUUCUCUCAAACCAGAACAAAUGCUGUCAGAGUCCAAAAACAUCUUCCGCAUGUUACCCUUUUCCGGAUACUUUUGAACUAUUUGCUGAGGAGGGAGCUCAGGAGAACAGGCCAAUUUUCAGUUUGGCACCAGGGAAGGAUGGAAGCUACUCGGUUGAAUUCAACACGUCACUUUCUUUGUUACAAGCGUUCUUCAUCUGUGUUGUCAUAAUCAGCAGUUGCAAACCAUCAGAUCUUUCAGAAGUUAGUAACAUGACAGAAGCGAAAGAUUUCCAGGAACCGAAUUUGAAUCAAAGUAAUGGAAUCCAGGUGACAGGGCCGGCAAAGUAUGCUCCAAAUCCACCCAUGUCCCCUGUUGGGAGGGUCUAGCUUUGUUCGAGGAAAUCCUUUUUGCUGUUCGAGUCCAACAAUCGAUGGUUUGAAACACAUCAGGAAACAUCUCGUAGCCAACAAUCCAUUUGUCGUGUGAAUCCAUGGAUGCUCAAAGUUUUGGGGAGACUUGCAUGUUGUUACAGAAAACAUGUAUGAGUACAGCCGUUGCUCUUUUUGUGCUGGUUUUACUGCAUUACCAUGUGUAAAGGGAAAAACUCAAAAACCGUUCUUCGAAAUGAUGGUGUAAAUAUACCUAUGCUAGGGCAUUUCAGAUAUGACAGUACUAAUUCUCCAUGCUUA